AGCUACACGCUCUUUGACCUAACCUCAUUUUUCUAAUUUUUAUUUUUUAAAUAAUUUUAUAAAUGCAAACGCCAUGACUCCGUCCAUUAUCAAUAUCGCUCAUCGUCUUCGGCCGCCAUCAUGAUUUUAGCAUUACUAAAAUAGGCCAAACCGUUGGUGGGAACUCGCAACUGCGUUUCAACCCACAUCCAAAUUAAGCCACUAACUCGAUCAAUAAAUUUAGCACUCGUUUUUAAUCCAAUACAUAAUCAAGAAGAGAAGAAUAAAUUUGCAUUUCCGAUCAACGGCGGAGAUGGGAAUCUGCUGGAGUUCUAAGUCCGUCGAUCAAAGCCCCGACGCGACGGGGCAGCUCAGCUCAGUGGCGGUGUCGCAGACGACGACGGCGACGACGGCGACGACGGCGUCGUCGAGCGGCAGCAGCGGGUUCUGGGGGGCGGGCGGGAGCCCGAGCCCGAGAGCGCAGAUGCUGCCGCACCCGAGCCUGCGGAUCUUCACGUUCGCGGAGCUUCGGGCGGCUACUAGAAACUUCCGAAGCGAUACGGUUGUGGGAGAGGGUGGGUUUGGGAAGGUGUACAAAGGCUGGCUCGACUCCAGGAACGGAUCGACGACGGUCGUCGCGGUGAAGAAGCUGAAUCCUGAGAGCUUGCAGGGAUUUCAAGAAUGGCAGUCGGAGGUGAAUUUUCUGGGGAAACUGUCGCAUCGGAAUCUCGUUAAGCUGCUGGGCUACUGUUGGGAUGAGAAGGAGCUGUUGCUUGUGUAUGAGUUCAUGCAGAAAGGCAGCCUAGAAAAUCAUCUAUUUGGAAGGGGUGCUGCUGUUCAGCCGCUGCCGUGGGAAACCAGGCUCAAGAUAUUGAUCGGAGCAGCUCGCGGCCUCGCAUUCUUGCACGCAUCUGAUCGGAAAGUCAUCUACAGAGACUUCAAGGCCUCCAACAUCUUGCUCGACGGGACGUACCACGCCAAGUUAUCCGAUUUCGGGCUGGCAAAAAUGGGGCCCACAGCGAGCAAGUCGCACGUCUCCACGCAGGUUAUGGGGACGUACGGCUAUGCUGCGCCCGAGUACGUCGCGACAGGGCAUUUGUAUGUGAAGAGCGACGUCUACGGCUUUGGUGUGGUGCUGGUGGAGAUGCUGACGGGGCUUCGUGCCCUCGACACGAACCGGCCACCAAAACAGCACAAUCUGGUUGAUUGGAUCAAGCCCAGCUUGCAAGACAGGAGGAAGUUGAAGGGGGUGAUGGAUUCACAUUUGGAAGGGAGAUAUCCUUCAAGAUCUGCAUUGCAGAUAGCCCACCUUGCUCUCAAUUGUAUUGAGAGUGACCCCAAAAACAGGCCCUCGAUGCAGGAGAUUGUCGAGACGCUCGAAGAGAUUGACACCGCGAAGGAGAGGCCUAGGCAGCCUAGGGUGCAUUCCAGCUACCAGGGAGCCGAUAGACGCGUGCCACAGCAUCUGCAGCAUCGUUCCCAGAACCACCCGAGGCAGGAGGUGAAUCGAGCCUAUCCACUCCCACCACGCGCCUAAUUGCUCUGCGUGGCGAGAGUGCUCUUUGAGUUCUUGUAGUUGUACAAGUUUUAAGGGGAGAGAAUGUGUCAUGGAUUCAAGAUUUGCUUGAUGUAGAGUUAGUUCAUUAGUUUAACAGACAAAGCAGCACUUCUAUUUUUUUGAAUCAUAGAAGCAGAGUAGGACUCAUUGUUGAAUGGUGUUUAUGCAGAAAACACAGAAGAUUGUAAAAGGAAAGAAGCCUUUAUUUUUGUCCUGUUUAUAACAUACUGCACAUAUUGUGGUA